AUGCGCUUUGCAGUGGACAUGCUGCCAGACUUGGUGGCGUCACUGCGUGCUGCCGUGCCGAAGCUGGGCUUGGCGGAGACCGCACCACAUGUGAAGUUGCAGUUGACCACCGGCGAGGUGGGCUGCACGCCUUGUCAUUAUGACACCUCUUACAACGAUCCGACAUCGUUGCAGCUCUCAAUCUUAAUCUACCUCAGUGAGGGCUGGUGCCCAGAGUGGGGUGGUGAGCUCCAACUGGUUCCUUUCCUUGAGCCGCCGGUGCUUUUGGCGCCCUCGUUCGACCGCUGUGUGCUGUUCUUGGCAGAUCGCUGGCUGCACCGCUCCUUACCCCCUCGUGGUCCCGGGGUGCAAAAGCAUCGGUGGCUCUUGACCGCAUGGCUGGAUGGCACGAGGGUGGAUGCCCCUUUGUGGAACUCCUCCCAGUUGGCCCCAUCACUGCAGCGGCUGCUGGCCCCGGCGCUGCACCGAGAGCUGUACCUGGAGGCCUUGCGACAGAGCUUGCCGCCCUAUGCGCUCGCGCGGGAGGCCCUGCUGAGGGAACAGCGUCAGCAGAUUGAAGAGCUGGAGAAGGAUGAGACACUGAUGGGACUGCUGGAAGGCUUGCGAGAGUUGAGAGCGCAAGCGCAGGCCGAGGAUGCCGACGACGCUUCAAAGAGGCGAAGAACAGCCACCGAAGCAGUGCGAAGCAGUGCGAAGUUGAGGCAUGGCCCUUCCUCAGGGGCUCCGAAUCGAAGCUCUGCAUCGAAGUGUUGGUGCAAAUUGGAGUUUCAAACAGCAAAAGGCCUUGAUGAGGCAACCUGGUAG